AUGUUUGAUAAGCAUCAGCUGGCCGCCCAGGAGUUGGGCAUGAGCCCAUCGUCUCCGUCUGUGCAGUUUGAGCCCACCUUUGACACGCCUGUCGAGGAUCCUACUGCAUCAAUGCUCUUUGUAGAACCGGAGACAUCCCUACAGUGCCCACCCCAGCCCUUUCAGUCCUACCUUUUCAGUGAGACACCUCCAGUUGUCUACGUGGCAUCCUUUGUCAGUGACCAGGAGGCCCAGCAUCUGAUUCAGAAGAGCGAGCAAGCGUUCAGUCCUGCCUACGUCUAUGAAUCCGGUAACACACAGAUCGAUACCACUGCCAGGAAAUCUCACACGGCCAUUCCCGACAGAGAUCAUGUUGUUCGUUGCAUCGAGCAACGCGCACGCGUGAAUCAACAUUGGGAGCCCGGUAUGACGGUGGAAGCCCUAUCCGUGCAGCGAUACCAGGAGAAUGGAUUCUUCAAGCAUCACUAUGAUUCUUUCGGAAAAGGAUUCAAAAAAGAUCGGAAGAGUACCCUAAACGUGUUCUUGCACGCCAACUGCACUGGAGGUGGAACACACUUCCCCUAUUUACGUGUGCCGGAAGAUAAGCGUUGGUGUCAGUACAUCGACUGUGAAUCCGACCAGGAAGGGGUCACUUUCAAGCCGAUCUCUGGUAAUGCUUUAUUCUGGGAGAAUAUCCAAGCCGACGGAACCGUGUGGCCAGAGACACUCCAUGCUGGCAUGCCGGUUUUAUCUGGCACAAAGAUCGGAUUGAAUAUUUGGACAUGGACGAAGGAUCGUGCAAUAUGA